AUGUGGAUAGGUGGUUCAACAGAAUAUUCCGUGCUUAACGAGGCAUCUCCAUAUUGGUUCAAUGGUCUUGUACCUCUUGCCUUCGGAUUGGAUGAUCCGAGGCUUAAGGGACAGGUUUAUUCCUAUAUGGAUUAUGUUCUUAACAACCAGCAGGAGGAUGGCUGGCUCGGGCCUGAGACUACUCCUGAAUCCCGAGGCCUAUGGGCACGUUGCUACUUUCUGUUAGGGUUGAUGCAAUACGCCCAAGCAGACCCUUCUCAAGAAAAUAGAAUUGUGGAUGCCAUGCAUCGAUACAUCCAACUUGCUCACAGUAUGCUAAAAGACGGCUUCAGUGGGCUGAUACAGAAGGAUGGCCAAGAUUUCGACGGAGAUGGGUUCGGUGCCAUGCGAGCUCACGAGAUGCACAUACCGCUGCAAUGGCUUUAUGAGCAGCACCCUCGAAACAACUCACAGAUCAUAUGGGAAACCAUGGAGCUGAUGAUCGAAGGAAGCGCCGAAGCCAGUAGUGAUUGGAGAACUUUUUGGGUCAAGGGAGUAUACCCAGAAGUCACAUAUACUCCUAGAAAUGAACCUUUUAAAGAUUUAUUCAACCAUGGUGUUAAUAUGGCGGAAGGCCUUCGAUACCCAUUAUCGAUAUACCGAAUGACGCAUGACGAGGCAUUGAAGACGCAGACUAGAGCUGCGGUAGAUUUGUUAGCACAAUAUCACAAGUCUUUAGCUGGAACGAUUAUCGGCGAUGAAUUCAUUACAGAUCUCAACCCGAUAAGAGGGGCAGAACUCUGCACUGCUGCAGAGAUGACAUUCUCUAUGGCGUAUAUUUACCAGUAUCUUGGCGAUAACGACUUGGCAGACUGGGCAGAGCAAGUUGCAUUCAAUGCUGUGCCCGGAUCGAUUUUCCCAGAUUGGUGGUCACACCAGUAUGUACAGCAGGAAAAUCAGCCGUGGUCGCGUACUCUGUUGGUGAACCCCGAUAUGUGGGUAAAUGUUGGAAUUCAUGGUAAUGUGUUUGGCUUGGAACCUAACUACCCCUGCUGUACGGUUAAUCACCCUCAGGCGUAUCCUAAGUUCCUUGCCAAUUCCUUUACGCUUACCGAUGGAGGAAUUGCUCAUGUUCUACUUAUCCCUGGAAGCAUCAGUACCUCGUUAGGUCAUAAUCGAGUAACUAUCCAGGCCGACACUAAUUAUCCCUUCGGCAUGGGUAUCAAAUACUCGAUCACGGCAGCAUCCGAUUUUACGUUCUACGUUCGAAUCCCAGGCUGGGCAGACAAAUCGAGUACCAUCGUAGGACCUUCCGGCAAGUCGAGUCAGAUUUCCCCAUCGGAUAAGGGGCUACAGAAGAUUGAAGUUAGCAAAGGUUUCAGCUUUAUCAAUGUUAAUCUCGAGACGGAGCCCCGUGUAGUCACGAGGCCCAACAAUACCGCAGCAAUAUACUACGGAUCGCUGCUCUAUAGUCUCCAUAUCGAUGCCAACGUAUCGGAUGUACCAGUAGUCGCGUUCAGCGGUGACGCGAUACCAAGUACGAGCACUACGUCCCAUACACACGAUCAUGUUAUAGAGCCUGCGAGCAUAUGGAAUAUUGCUAUCGAUCCGUCACAGAUAAAGGUGGUGCAAGCGGAUGUGUCGACCUUGGCGGAUCCGAUCUGGGAUCUUGGUGCUCCCCCGGUUGAACUUCGCGUGGCCGCUGUUGAGAUAGACUGGCCUCUCGAAUUCGACACUGCGGCAGAUCCUCCUCUCGAGCCGAAGAUUACUGGGAAACCUUUCAGCGCACGCUUCGUGCCUUUCGGAAGCGCCAAGAUACAUAUGGCGCAUCUCCCCGUUGUCGAACUGGCCAAGGUAGACUUAUCAAGUUGA